AUUCGUCGUAGCAAGCCCGCUCUGGUUCCCUACUACCAACUACGAGCUUAUAAUAGGAAGCCGAGUUACCGCCGCUCUUACUUUCCCGCCGGCCAGUUGUGCCCGUGGAGUGAAAUGGUGCAGUUUGGACUGUAAAUUAUACUAGAAAAGAUGUGGGUGACAUUGGCAUGCCUCCUGGUAUUGGUGUACGGUGGCGGUGGUGUUACUAAAACAUCAGGUAUUUCAAAAUUCUGGACUGAUGAUUACAAAGUAUUCGAGCAAGUGUACGGGAAGACAUCAGACAGGGACCUGUACGGGUCGUCCCUGCCCGCGAGCGUGACCCACUCUCUGGACUCCAAGAAGAAGGCCUCAGCUUCAGCUUCAGAGAAGAAAGAACGAUACAUAGACACCCAGUCGCUGACCGAUCCAGAUGGUCUGAUCAGUGGUUACACGAACCAGUACACUAUACCUGAUCUGGCUAAGAUACAACAAGUUGAUCUAGAUGGUCUUGCUGAUCGCUAUGCAACCCAAUACGCGAAGAUACCUGAAGUAGCAAAAGCGAAACCUGCUGUAUCUACCUUCAAUUUCGUCAGCUACUCCGAUUUCAAGCCGAUCAGCCAACAAUCUGACCCAGAAACAUAUAAUUACUUAAAACACUUGGAACAGUACGGCAACGAACAAAAUAUAGGGUUCCCUAAAGGCACCAGUGGAUUUAAACCUUAUCUGAGUUAUGUCGGUGGAAACCCUGAAGAUUCUCAAGCGUACAAGAGCAUCCAAGAUAUACUCGAUGCUCAUGAAGGUAACAAAGGUAUAAAGAAAACUAAAAAUAAGAAUAAAGAAGAAGAUAAUGAUGAUGUGGUGAACGUCGUGAAUCCAAGACGAAAGAAGCCUAAAGUCAGACAGUUAGUAAAUAAUUAUGUCUCGACCCCUAAAUGCUAUUCAGGAAGAUGUAGGAAACGUUCAACUAACACUGUUCGAACACGGUCUCGCCCUUACAUCAGGAAGGUUAAAAGAAUCGUUUAUUAGUGUUAGAACGGGGUUCUAAUAAGAAAUGUGUGUGCUACUUAAAUAUUAACAUUUACUGAUAUGGUCUAGGGAUUUACGAAAUAGGAAAAAGG